CACCCUCUAUGCCGAACCCUUUUCCAGCUCCGGGUGUAUAAGCUUUUAACGCAUCCGAUUUGAACUGGUUCACUGAGGUAUUUGAUUGGCGUGGAUGUUGGUGUUUAGAUAGAGUGAUGGCGAUUUUUCAGAUUUGGGCCAUUUUGAAAAGCUUGGGACGAUUUUUGGAUGGGCGAUUUGUGUCUCUGGUGUUAGCAAUCUUGGCACUGGCCCUCUUGAAGUACAGAUCCCGCACCUCGAAGCGAAUGCCAAAUGGACCUCUAGGAUUACCCUUUAUUGGUUACAUCCCCUUCAUGGGCCGAAAACCCUACCUGACAUUCGUUCGUCUUGCCCGGCGAUACGGUAGCAUCUUUAGCGUCCGUCUUGGUACCAAGCUCGUAGUGGUGCUGAACGGAAGGAAAGCAAUCAGGGAGGCGUUCGUCACUAAAGGGCAGUCGUUCGCUGGGCGGCCCGACUGGGUCUUAAACCGGGUGAAUCAGGGAAAGGGAAUUGCCAAUCAGCAGGCCAACCAACUAUGGCGGGAUCACCGACGGUUCGUAUUGUCUGUCAUGCGCAGUUUUGGUGAAGGCCGCACCCAGAUGGAAAACAAAGUAACAGAAGAGGUUUCCCACUUCGUAGCUGAGCUUGCCUCCCAUGAUGGCAGCCCGAUUGACAUGACUUACCUUGUCCAGCUUACCUUCAGUAACAUCAUCUGCUCCGUCUGCUUCGGGCAGCGAUACAAACCCUCAAAUCCAGACUUUAAGCACCUCCUGCACAUGGCCGAUGUGUUCUUCAAACAUCUCACCAGUGCGAGUGCUGUUAACUUCUUCCCAUUACUCUGGUACAUUCCCCUUCGCGGCCAUCUUGCCGUCAGAGAGAUGUACACCGGUAUCUCAGAAUUCGUCUCAGAUAGAGUCCAAGAGCACAAGUCGAGUCUUAACCACGACUCACCACGAGAUCUUAUCGACAUCUACCUUAGCGAGAUAGCCAAGAGAGACCUAUCUGACUCUAAUAAUUACAGCAAGGUAGAGACUGGUUUCACCGAGGAUUACAUAAAGCACGUAGUGACGGACUUGUUUCUUGGCGGGACGGAAACAGUGAAUGCGGUUGUACUGUGGAGCUUUGUGUGCAUGGUCAUGUAUCCAGAUAUUCAGACACGUAUACAAGCAGAGAUAAAUGAAGUAGUAGGGAGUGAUAGAGUACCUACAAUGGCCGAUAAGACGCAUCUACCGUUUACACAGGCAACUCUUCUAGAGCUACAUCGGCGUUGCAAUGUCAUCCCUUGCGCUAUUCCACAUGCAACGACAGAAGAUGUCGAGCUAGAAGACUUCAUUCUACCCAAAGGAACCACCGUUAUGGCUAACCUGUAUUCUUCACACAUGGAUCCUGAGUAUUGGCAGGACCCAGACCGGUUCGACCCUACCCGUUUCUUAGACACGAAUGGACAACUUAUAAACCAUGAGUCUUACAUGCCGUUUUCAAUAGGACGCAGGGCAUGUCUCGGGGAGCAGCUGGCCAAAUGUGAAAUAUUCCUGGCCUUCACUGGUGUUCUUCAGAGGUUUCGUCUUGAACUACCUAAAGGUGACCCACACCCAAGCCUGGACGGGUUACCAGGGAUCACACACCUGCCCCGAACUACCAGACUCAGAGCUGUCCCAAGAAAAUGAGACUUUCUUUAAAACCAAUUUGUUUUCAAUCUCGAAGAAUAGUUUGUUUUCCUUUACGAACGCUCUAUUAAUCUCAGGCACUGGACAAGUCUUUUGGUAAUUGUCAAAGACAAGUACUUGGUGUAGCCUAUCCCAAAAGGUGCAUAAAACAACAUGUCUGUGAAAAUGUUGACUCAUUUGGUCAUCGAAGUUGUAA